AUGGCAUCAUCGUCCUUUAAGAAAUGUGAAGGUGAGAGCACAAGAAAGCCAAACUGGCUUGAACUUCCAAUAGAUUUAACAAAGAACAUACUCCAAAGACUUGAUACCCUUGAUAUUAUGUUAAGUGCACGUAAUGUUUGUCAUCUAUGGUGGCACAUUUUCAAGGAUCCGUUAAUGUGGCGUACCAUUCACAUUAGUAAUAUCGAACAUAUUCCAUAUAAUUUUUGUUCUUUGGAGAAGAUUGUUCGUUGUGUGGUUGAUCUAAGUUGCGGUCAUCUCGAAGAUAUUGCUCUUGAGUUAUUUUGUACCGAUGACCUCCUCAAGUAUAUCGCUCAUAGGGCAAGUAACCUACGGCGUUUACAAAUUUCUGACUGUAAUAACAUUUCAAAUCGAGGGUUGGUUGAAUUUGUGAAGAUGUUUUCACAAUUAGAGGAGCUUCACAUUUCAUUUAAGUACUUAUCUAAGGAGUCUAUUGAAGUUAUUGGUCGAUUUUGCCCUCUUUUGAAGUCACUCAAUUUUGAUGGGCCGCUUGACACUUACUUUGAUUUUUAUGAUGAGGUAUUUGCUAUUGGAAAAACAAUGCCCGGACUACGACAUCUUUCAUUUUCUAGAAUUGUGUUUGACAAUGAUCAGUUGUUUGCCAUUCUUGAUGGUUGCCCUCUUAUUGAAUCUCUUGAUCUGCAACACUGCUUUGUUCGUCAUUUGAGUCCAAGUAUGGAAAAAAGGUGUCGUGAGCAAAUCAAAGAUUUCCAACUUCCAAUAUACAAUGAUUAUGAAGACGAUAUUGGUGAAGAUGGUUUUGCUUAUAUGCCUUUUGAACAUUAUGAUGAUGAGUUUUGGGAGCAAGAUUAUAAAUUCGCUAUUGCGACGUGGUCGCAUAAAGGCUUUCGCUAUCCCGCUGAUUGUUGUGUUAAAGGUUGCACUUGUCGCAGUUUGAAUUAUUCAAAACAUUACCCCAAAUUUUCAUAUAUUGAUCUUAAAAAAUAUGUGUCUGGAACGGUGUUAUAA